UCUGAAGUGGGAACAACGUGUUGCCUACUUUCAGUCUGAGAAUUAAUUUCAUACGUGGAAGAACACAACAAAAAGAAAUGGAAAAUCUGCAAGACAUUUAAUGAUGAAAUAGGCUCAGUUCUCAUGAUUUUUCUCAUAUGCUUCUCCUCAAGCCAUGGAUGAAUACAGCUGCUUUGUGGAUUGGGACAAAAUGGAUGUUACUGUCCAGAGCCAGGAUGCAAAGGACCUAACCUGCACGGAGUUCCAGGAACUCAAGCAGCUGGCCCGACAAGGCUACUGGGCCAAGAACCAUUCUCUGAGAGCCAAAGUGUACCACAAGCUAAUUAGCAAUAUCCCAUGCCGCACAGUGACCCCGGACGCAAAUGUUUACCGUGACAUUGUUGUGAAGGUUGUUGGAAAGCGUAACAGUAACUCCCUGCCACUACCAGAGUUUGUUGACGACAGCCUCGUCCCUACGUACUGCUUGAAUGCUGAAGGCAUUGGGGCAGUCAGGAAGAUUAUUUUGUGCAUUGCAAAUCAGUUCCCAGACAUAUCGUUUUGCCCAGCACUGCCUUCUGUGAUAGCUUUGCUCCUUCACUACAGCAAGGAUGAGGCAGAGUGUUUUGAACAGGUUUGCCGCAUCCUUGCUUGCAAUGACCCUUCUAAGCGGCUCAUUGAUCAGACAUUCCUAGCCUUUGAGUCCUCGUGCAUGACUUUCGGGGACCUGGUUAACAAGUACUGUCAGGCAGCACACAAGCUGAUGGUGGCAGUGUCUGAGGACGUGUUAGAGGUAUACUCGGACUGGCAGCGGUGGCUCUUUGGAGAGCUGCCCAUGGCAUACAUUGCUCGGGUCUUUGACGUGUUUCUGGUGGAGGGCUACAAAGUUCUCUAUCGUGUUGCACUGGCUAUUCUGAAAUUUUUUCACAAAGUCAGAGCUGGGCAGCCCAUGGAGUCUGACAGCAUACAGCAGGAUAUUCGAGCUUUUGUGAGAGACGUUGCGAAGUCAGUGUCUCCAGAGAGGCUUCUGGAAAAAGCCUUUGCUAUCCGCCUUUUCUCACGGAAGGAGAUCCAGCUGCUGCAGAUGGCCAACGAGAAGGCUUUACAGCAGAAGGGCAUCACAGUCAAACAGAAAAGUGUGGCAUCUCCAAAAAGGUAGGCUCAAACACUCGGAUCUUUGCGCUUUGCUCGCUUCUUCUGUCUUUGAAUGGCUGGUCAUUUUUUUCUAAUCCUGUCAUUAUUGCUAAUGCUGGGGCAAGAGAAGCAAGGCAGCAAUUACAGCAUCAGAUUGCUGCAUAACAUCUACUGAAUAUACUCUUGCAAAGUUAGUUCAAAGCACCUGCAGAGUUCUAAGAUGGGGGGAAUGGGCACAGCUGGUCAACACAGCAUUUUAUUUUACAGCAAUACAAGUCUGUAUUUUUCAGGACAGAAAAGCUUGAUGUUAAUGAUGGGAUUUAAGUUAUCACUGCACUGGAAGAAAAAUUGUGUGGGUGUUUUGUUAGUUUUGUUUAAAAAAAAAAAAAAGGCGACAUCCUCAGAGUUAUAAGGUACUGUUUCAUGUCCAAGCCUGGUAUGAGCUGUUGCAGUUUAUGUAAGACAUGCUCAAUUAUUUCCUACUUUGCAAGCUUUCCGCAACUAAUUGGAAAGAUGUUGGACUGAACCCAAUUUGGCACACUCCUACAAGUGACUUGUCUCAAUUUAUACUAUGUUGUAUUUACUUUUAUGUGGGUAGUUUUUUCGAAGAGGCAAGAUGACUUUUUGCUUGUGUGUCAAGGUCAGAGUUACUCAGCCAUAUAGCAUUAGUGGUUAAUCCAGUCAUUCAUCAAGUCUUGGCCUGAAAAGCAUUUCUUAAAGAACAAAAACUAGUGGAUUGUAACACCUGAUAAGCAGAGAAAGAAUAAAGACUGCCCUGUGAUUAGUACCACAGAUGUAUGGGUCUAAAUUAAUGCUUUUGAGACAAGUUUUCUGGCCUUGUUGCAGGUGCCGUGGGUGAACUUUAGUGAGAGAUGCACACCAAAGCUUCCGUUGGGAGCACUUUUUGAUGGGAGAAGUUGGUGCUGUACGUGUUUUUUGGGUCCCAAUUAGGGUUAGGCUCAGUGUUCCAGUUAGGGUUACAUUUAGGGUUGUUUGGAAAGAGAGAAGGCAUAGAGUCCUCUCACCUGCUGCCUCACUGCGGACAUCGCAGGGUCCCCAUCACAGCAGGUACCACAGCAGCUGUUUCUCCUGGUCCCAAAGGUGUUUAACUCCAUCACACAGGUUAAUUCCAGCAGCUUGACUCCAUCACACAGGUUCCCCUACAGUCACCUUCCUAAAUGAUUUCAAUAUCUUGACAAACUGUGGCUCUUUCCCCAUUAGCUGUUCUACCUGCGCGUCUCCAGGGCACGGAAGAAUUGCCACUAGCAGCACAUUUCUGCCAGUGAAAGUGAAGCUGUGUGGCACAGGGAACAAGCUCGCAUCCCUGCCGGCACCGGCCCAGAGCCACCCCCUCCACCCUCCAGGUCCCCUGGAAAACAACUAGCGGAAGAGGUGAUGGGAUUCUCCAGAGUUUAUUAUUUAAAAAAAAAAAUGGAUGAUUUAUGGGAACAAACAAUCUCCAAGAUGUUUAGAGCUGCAAACUACUGCUUGGAGAAGGCCCUGAAGGCGGGAGGAGCUCUGCCGGAAAUGCUGCGUGCUGCAGUCGGGCAGCUGAGGAGAGCUGAGCUCAGAACGUCUCAGCCCACACGCAGCAAAGCCCCGGGAACCUCGCUCCUUCAGGUUCCACCACGGCUGUUCCACAGCAGAACACACCACCCCUGUCCCUGCCCCUACGCUCUGGCAGGAGGCUCGGGGGACUCAGAGCGUAAAGAAACAAGCGGUGCUGUGAAAAUCAGAAGGAACAGCGAGAAAAGAUGGGGCCCAGGAGCACAGGACAGAGGAACACAUUCACACGGGUGGCUCUGAGGUUCUCCUCCAGCAGGUCCUGCUGUCGCAGGAAGCCUCCAGACACUCACAGCAGGAGCCUGGCUGAGUCCUCGGAGCCUCUUCCUCUUCCAGAGGCCGCUUGUGCCCUGCAGGCAGGGGACAGGUGAAGUGAGGAGGGUCACCGAGCUGGGUCAGCCUUGGUCACCAGCCCCUGCGCUUAGCCCAUAGCAGGUUCUUUAAAACCCUUUGGUGAGGAACCUCACAGAUGCAGGUGAGGACAGGGAUCACACCGCCCCACAGUGACCAGCGCGCCUCUCCCCGUGGCCAGGAGCAUGCGUCCUGCGCCAGACAGUGACAGGAACAGGGCCCAGCUUCUGCUUUCCAUCAGUAAAUCACCUCGAGCCUGGGAUUUUAGGAUGCCAUAGCAAGCGGAGCAGCUACACUAACUACUUACUACAGCAGAUGGGAGGGAGGGAGAAAAAAAAAAAAAAAGAAAUAGCUGCAAUUGCAGUCAGCUGAAG